AUGUUUCCGUACGAUUUAGUCGAUUCAUCAAGAGGAUCGGUUUCCAAAGUGGAAGGUAGAGCAACAGUAAACCCCGAAAUUAGAAGGUGCGAAAGAGAAGUAUCGAAGAAGACGAGGAUUUCAAGCAAUAAGUCCUCAGUUACACGGCACUCUGCUCCGGUUGCAAUGGAGGAGAGUGAACAUUCCAGUGGUGGUGACAAAAGGGAAAGUGAUUCCUCUGGUACUGACUCCACGAUUGCAUGUGUUGAGGAACCUAAUGCGAAGGAGGACGAAGGCUAG